UAAAGCUACAGGACAGGAUCGCACAAGCUUUGGUGCCAUUCCAUCAUUUCCUGAUUCCAUUCAGACAAUCGCCACUUCUGGGGAAACGGCAGUAUUGUUGUUUACAGUUUGGACUAACCCGACGGCUCGGAUACGUCAACGUUAGUUUUAAGUUAACGGUUUGUCUUUUACGAUGGCAGUUAACAGGACGGCUACCGCGGAACGCGCUUAGCUUGAUGCACCCUCAUCAAAUGCAGAAAUCCGGCUGGCCCUCGGCUGGCAACUCGGAAAAUACGAACGGAAAUUGGAAUAACACCAUGGACGCUCCUCAGUAUCCAGGCUACCCCUCACACUACUGGUAUCCCCAGUCUCAUUCCACGGGACACUAUGCAAACACCUACCCCUCGGGAUCAGAGGUCCAGCCUCAGUACAAUCAACAGGUAAUGCCUGCAGGUUAUCCAAAUGGCCAUGGUGUCUACAGCCCAGCGCAGAGUCCAUAUCCAACAAGUGGUUUCCACCCGUCCAACCCUUUCUACUGUGCCGACAGUCAGAGACCGGCCCCGGGUCCUUAUCCUAACCAGGGCUGUCCUGCGGAGCAGAGCAGCGGGCCUUCUGGACAGCCACACUCUCAACACCAGCACCAUCACUAUCCUGGUCCACACUGUCAAGGGGGUCCUGGAUAUCCUCCUGGGGCGUACCCUCACUACAGUGAAGGUGGUCACGCUAUGCCUUCAAACCCCCCAUACCCCACCGGCCAGGCUCUUCACCCAAACCCUCAGGCAGAUGGUUGGGCGCACUCUGGUGCGUAUGCCCCCCCACAGCAGCAAUGGCCAACAGGCCAGCCACAAAACCACUACGGAAAUCCUGUCCGUCCAUCGCAUCCUCCAGCAUGGCCCGGGACUGGAAGUGGUGCUCCUCCACCGUACCAACCCAAGGAGCAACGUGCUCCACAAGUGGGACCUAAACCCCGGCCAACCCCAUCCCUAAAUCCCCCCAAUGGAAAGCCUGCUGAAAUAAGUUCACCUCCCCAAAUGUACAACAAAACCGGGAGAGGCGAGCCUAAUCCUUCGCAAGGUGAGCCCCCGCCCUCGGCCCCCGCCCGGGCUCCAGCGCCAGGCCAUGCUGGACCUCAUCCCCUGAGCGAUAGCCACGGCCUAGCUAAGGUCCAACAGGUCAUGGCCAGAAUGCUACUGCUUCACGAGGAUGUUGAUGAGUUUGUUGGCAAAAAGUCAGACAAGAGUUAUCGGUGUCUGGAGGAACUGCUGACCAAAGAGCUGCUGGUGCUGGACUCUGUGGAGACUCAGGGACAGGAGAAUGUCCGGCAAGCCCGAAAGGAGGCCGUACAGAGGAUCCAGGCCAUUCUGGACCAGCUGGAGAAGAAAGCCUUCUGAACUAGACUUAUUUACUGGUUUGAGGGCCAUUACGUCUUGCGGUUUUCUUCUUCCAGAUCUUCCAUGGACACAAUGAGGGUCAAGUCUCUCUCUCUCUCUCUCUCUCUCUCUCUCUCUCUCUCUCUCUCUCUGUGUGUGUGUUAAGGUUUUUUUUUUUCCACCACCAUGAUAUACAAUGACAUACAUAAGUGGCAUGGACCCGAGACCAAGGCAGAGCAAUCAUUGCUACCUGGAAUCAACCUUUGCCCAAUUAUGCUGGUCGAAGUGAUAUGAUGGUGUUAGAAGUGUAAACUGAUGGUUGCACACAGAAGUGACUUUCAGCCUCAGUGAGUGACUGUGCAGGCUACACAACAUGACACUCUUGCGCCGCUUCUCUUUAAUGUCAUUCCUUCGCCAGCAUAAUGCAGGGCAGAGUCACAGGAUGAUUGAGUUAGUGGUCUCUUAACCUGUGAUUCAGAUUCAUGCUGUCGGUCAGGAUUGUGGGGUUGGCUUCAGUCUGAUCCUACAUCUUUUUUUCAUCUCAUAGUCUGUUUGCACGAUACUGUCCUCCCUCCGAUAGAGGCCAUACACUUCGUUGUCACUUACUUCUCCAUUUCUCUGCAGGAAUAGGUGCAAAGCAUUCCUUUUCGAUUGUGCUCCCAGCCCUGCAUGCACUGUAACGUCAGACGAGCACUCAAUACAGUCCGAACAUCUCAAAGCUCCUAAUUGGGCCUAAAGUUGAUUAGUAAAAAAAAAAAAAAAUAAAUAACUAAAGAUUGCUUUCCUUGUUAUUCCAUCUUUUGGAUGAAGUUUCUUCCUGAGCGCGGAUCUAGAUUCAGACCUACAUAUGAAUGCCAUGUAUUUUACUCUAGGAACUACUGUUAUAACAGAUGCAUAGGACAUAAGGAACUUUAAGAAUUACUUGAAAAUAUGUUAAAUUGUUUUCUUUUUAUCCCUUUUUGAAUGGUGUGUGUGUGUAUGU